AUGGAAUCAUUCAACAAUAGAGCAAGGACUGGAGGCAUUGGAUUCAUUGUCAAGAAAGAAAGAGUUCCAAGGAUAGUCAGCUGUGACAUCAUAUCACCCUGGAUAGCAGUUCUCAUGCGUCAAACAAAACAAAGGAAAACGAUUAAAAUUAUUCAGGUGUAUGCUCCCAUGCAGCAAGUGGAAGAUGAAGAAAUGGAACAUUUCUAUGAAGAGCUGGAGGAGGUAAUGCAGAAAAGAUCCACCUACACAAUUAUCCAAGGGGACUUCAAUGCAGCAGUAGGUGGAAAGGAAAAUGAGAAAGAAAAGUAUGUGGGAAAAUUUGGUAAGGGUUUAAGAAAUUAUCACAGAGCAUGUCUGGUUGCAUUCACAGAGGCAAACCAUCUCUACACAAUGAACAUGAUAUUUCAAAAAGAACAGCAUCAGUACUGGACAUGGAAAAGCCUGGCUGGAGUCACACUGAAUCAGACUGAUUAUGUAAUGACGGAUACUAGAAGAACCUUCAAUGAUGUAGCGACAAUAAGAGAACGAAUCAUUUUCACGGGCUCAGACCAUUAUAUAUAGUGCUCAAAACUAUGUGUUGACAAUGUCUAUGAAGACUGAGUUCAGAGAAGCCAGAAACCAAAGCAAAAAUGGCACUUCAAUGAAGAGGUAUUUGCACAGGAAGUAAGUGAAAUGGACCUUGAGUAUAAGGUCCACAAGGACAUUGAUGAGGACUACGAAGAGUUUGUCUCACAGAUAAUCUCAUCAGCUAAAAAGGCAAAGGCACUGAAAACACUGAAAUGCAAGCAGAGGAUCAGCAAGGAAACUGUGAAUCUGAUGGUGAGGAGGGCGCACAUUAAAUUAGAAGGAAAAAUGGGUGAAGACUAUAGAACACCAUGCAAAGAAAUCCGUGUAAAGAUGAAAGAAGACUAUGAAGACUUUAGAAAGAAGAAAUUGAGAGAGGCAUCCGAAAAGAAUGAGAGUCUGAAGAAGGUUAAAAGAGAUGUUAGGCUGAAACAGAUUAUGUCAGCAGCGCUGAAAGAUGAAAAUGG